AACGCGGGGCUGGUUCAACCCCGCGAUGUUGUUCCAUUUCCCCCUUUUGAAGUAUUCAAUGCUAGGACAAGAACCUCCAGAUUUCAGACUCAGAGAUCAUUCAACCCGUCUCCAAAGCUACCAGCUUCCUCAUGCUUGACUUACUGAGUGUGGAGCUUGUCGAGAACAUCACCGACUUCCUCGACAGGCAAGACCUCUUUGCCUUGCGGCUAGCCUGUCGAUACUUGAAUGAAGCUACACAGGCGACGUUUGCGACAGCCUGGUUUGGGACGGUGGAGACAGACUUAUCACCCCGGAGCUUCCGCAGGCUGAAAGAGAUUGCUCAACACGAAAAAAUUCGGCUCUUCGUCCGCAAGCUACGCACUGCCGAGCAGGAAAAGGAUCUCCGGCUUAGGCCUCUGGGCCUAGGACACGAUUGGCCGCACCUUGAGUCUGGCUCCCUCGACCUCACCUCCGGGACAGUCAAAGAGUUCCACGACGCCAUCUCCGGUUUUGCCAACUGCACGACCCUCGAAGUCGACGACAGUAGAUGUGUUCAUCGUGGAGAGCCAGGACCAGACCCUGGACUUGCCCCCGCAGAUGCCCUGGACCUUUUCCUAUCUGUGGUCGCUCUUGAGCACAGGCCGCUGCAGGUUCGGUCAGUCUGCAUCAACUUUGAAUACAGCUAUUCAUCCAUAGACGAUAAGCAGCUGUCGCCCUCCACAAUUAAUUUUGAUACCUUUCGGGCGUCGUGGUCGUCUUCUCUGGAGCAUCUCAGUAUUUGCUGGGAGAUAGGGGAUGCGGCUGCUGAGGGAGUGCUAGAGUUGAUCCUGGCAGCAACAAGGCUGAGGACGCUCUUCUUGAAAUUCAAUAUCUCAGAGUCCGCCAGCCACGUCUUCCUUGGACUAGCCCAAGCGCCAACCGUCGCACCCGUCACCCACCUGAGGCUUGGUCGUAUGAUAGACGUCUCGGUCACUACACUUGGCGACGCGAUCCUCCGCUUCAAAGACAGCCUCAAGUCCCUUCACAUAGCAAAUGUGUGCAUAGAACGGGGCGAUUGGAGCGAUUUCUUUGAGUAUAUAGGGCGACAAGAGUUCCCACGCCUCGAAUGCGUCACGACAUGGAAGGUUAGCGCCCCACCAGGGCCAAGGACCCCCGGAGCUAGGCCUGUGUGCUUCUGCCCGCUCCGCACGAGGCAGGAAACGCUCAGGAAGUGUGGCGGGACUUUCGAAUUCGCGCUCGGGCACCUUCGUAACAGGACACGCGUGCGGGGCGUCCGGUACAGAGGACCACGGGAGGGGAUGCAGCUAGCCCUGAAGGCUCUCGGCGAGGACUCGAAUUAUAUGUUGCAACGUAGUAACGGGCCGCCAACUCCCGAGUGGCCGGAUAUGAGGGAAUAUACGGGGGAUCAAGUAGGUCGGGUGGUGAGCGAGAAUCUCAUGUAUUGA